CGUGGCGCAUUUACGGCUUCUCUCGUUAGUUACGGACACCCAGGUAAACAAGCAAGCUCGUGAAAGCUUUCCGCGCAUAAAAGACAAAAACUUCACCGUCAGGGUCUCAGCUGGUUUUCCCCUUCACAAUGCUUCUUCCACAUCGAGCCAUCUUUUCACUUGGUCUUCGCAUGUGCUCCACACAUGUGACGGCAGGAUCGGUGGCUGACUCUACAAAACUCAGCUCAGACAUGUCUGAAUUCCGCAAGGUCUUCGCCAAAGCCAAGCACAUCGCGAUCAUCACGGGGGCGGGUUUGAGCGCAGAGAGUGGGGUGCCAACGUUCAGGGGAGAAAAUGAGAAGUGGAGAAAAUGGCAGUCUCAGGACCUUGCGACUCCAGAAGCAUUCUCCCGCAACCCAUCUCGGGUCUGGGAGUUUUACCAUUACAGAAGAGAGCUUGUGCUGAACAAGAAGCCCAGCGCCGUGCAUGUGGCCAUAGCGGAGUGUGAAGCCCGGCUUAAGAAGCAGGGACGUCACGUGGUUGUUAUCACACAGUGCAUAGACGACUUGCACCGACAGGCGGGGUCCAAACAUGUGCUCAAGAUUCAUGGCAGUCUGAUGGAGACGCGCUGUGUGAGCUGUGGGCAAGUGACCGUGAACAAGCGAAGCCCCAUAUGUGGCGCCUUAAACGGCACAGGAGCACCUGGCCCAGAUGUUCCUGAUGCCCAGAUUCCUGUGGACAGACUACCAAGGUGUGAUGAAAGGGACUGUCAUGGUCUGUUGAGGCCCAAUGUGGUGUUUUUUGGGGAGACGCUGGACUCUCAUGUCCUGACCAAGGUGGAAAAAGAAAUGGAAAUCUGUGAUCUUUGUCUGGUGGUGGGCACAUCAUCUAUUGUCUACCCAGCAGCCAUGUUUGGCCCCCGCAUCGCAUCCAGAGGUGUUCCAGUGGCAGAGUUUAACACAAGUAUAACACCAAAAACAGAGUAUUUCAUGUACCAUUUCCAGGGUCAAUGUGGAACCACGCUGCCUCCAGCGCUGGCACCUCACGAGUCGGAGGUCUUUUAAGAGCCACCAGUCUGACCUUUUACACCUCGGCGGGUGACUUAUUCUACAUUUGACUGCAAUCCAAAGCUGUGGGGUUUCAUCACAAUGUCCAAAUUGUUGUCUAAAAACCUGUUGAUGCUUGGUAGAAGAGGAAUUGUAAAUAAUUUAGCUUAUUUUGACAGUUUUCAGAUGGGUCUCCUCAUACUUGAAUACCUAUUUAGCUCACUAACUUGAAUGAGAUUAUAGUAGGAUGUUUGCUGGUAAGCAUUAAGCAGGAACUAUGCAGCUUGAUUACGGAAAAGGGAAUGCGGUACACUAUGCUUGUAGCGGUUUACAUGGGAAAAUACUUGCUUCCUUUACAUUAGAUGGUAGGAGAUAGUUUUAGGAAUGCUGUGCUCUAAAAUGAUGUUAUAAAACAGAACAACAUGUUACUUCUUCUGCCAACGGUUGACUAUUCCUCUUUUGUCUUUCCACCCAACGACCAGAUGCAGAGACAUCAUCUUGUGCCUUUUCCAAACAGUUUACACAAUCAUGACCAAAUGCUUGCUUUUACACCUCAAGUGCAUCUCGACCAAUGUUUCAUAGAUUUGGUCAAGUUUUGAGACCUAGCUGUUGACGCGGAGGGUAAAUCCGCAUCAGUCACUUGCUGUUUCCCUGGGUUUACUGACAUUAGUCUGGUUACAUAUCUGCUACUAUUCAUUAUACUUUUCUUUUUCUUUUUACCGUUUACCGUUCGGUGUGUGUGUUUUCUGAAAAAUGUUUUGUGAUAAUCUAAGGUCAAAAACGCUGUUUAAAACUUAAAGCAAUCAUUUAAAAACUUAAUUUUUUACAUCUUCAUUGUCUAGAGAUGAUAUGCACAAUUUCCUGUGACGUAUUCUAUUAAUACUGCCAAUGCAUUUAUACGCAACAUUAUUAUUAAAACACUAAA